AUGGCUUUGAGGCUUUGCUGUGCCUGGAUUCCCAUCCUCCUCCUCCUGCCUGGCCUCUCGGAUGGAGGGAAGCUCCUGGUGGUGCCCAUGGUGGGAAGCCACUGGCUGAGCAUGCAGGAAGUGGUGGAGAAGCUGAGCGAGAGAGGACACGAGGUGGUGGUGCUGGUUCCUGAGGUGAGCUGGCAAAUGGAGACCACGCAGGCCUACAAGGUGGUCACGUACCCAGUGAGCCAGACCCUGGAAGAGCUGGAUAACUCCUUCCAGGAAUACCUCGCCGUGCACCUGACACCGAAUCCGUUCCCCCUCAAUGCCCUGGCCAUGUACAACGCCUCAGUGCAUGUUUUCAGCACCUUCUUUGGGCAGUGCAAAGACCUGUUCCACAGCCAGGAGACCCUGAGGUUCCUCAACCAAAGCGGCUUUGAUGCCAUUCUGACGGAUCCGGCCUUCAUGUGUGGGGCCAUCCUGGCCCACUAUCUUUCUCUUCCCUUUGUCUUCUUCAUGAGGGGAUUUGGUUGCAACCUGCACUUUUCAGCCCCACAGAGCCCAAGCCCUCUGUCCUACGUCCCGAGACUCUUCAGCUUCAACUCGGACCGCAUGACUUUUUUCCAGAGGGUGGAAAAUGCCCUGAUUUCCCUCCUGGAGCUUGAUUACUGCAACGGUUUCUAUGGAGAAGCGCUUAAGCUUUCCUCAGAAGUUCUUCAGAGGGAUGUGUCCCUGAUGGACCUGGUGAACUCCGCUGCCAUUUGGAUCCUGAGGUUUGACUUUGUGUUUGAAUACGUCAGGCCAGUGAUGCCCAACAUGGUCUUUGUAGGGGGGAUCAACUGUGCGAAGAAGAAACCACUGCCUAAGUUCCCGAGGCCAGUGAUGCCAAACAUGGCUUUUAUUGGAGGCAUUAACUGUGUUCAGAAGAAAAAACUGUCUCAGGGCCCUCCCCUGCCGCCUCCGGGCCGCGGGCGGCGGGCUCGGCUCUGCCGCCACGGCGGCGGCUCCCCGGGGAGCAGUGACGGCUCCGAGGAGCCACACGACGGCCACGUGGUGCGGGGGAGCCGGCAGCUGCCGGCGGCGAUUGUAAAAGCUGCGAUGCUGGGAUGGCGGCGCGGUGACUCGGGGGGCCUCUGUGCGGUGGUGCGGGGGCCGGGGCUGGGGCCAGGGCCGGGCCGCUCGGCUGGUGGUGAAGGGGCCGCCCCGAGCCGCGACUGCGGCCCCGCACGGGCACCGCGCUGUGCCAGAGGCGGUGCUGAAGCAGUGUUCCGCGGGGUUCUGCGCUGUGCCGGCGGGGCCAUGGAGGUCCAUUUUCUUCUUAGGGUUGUCAGUGGUUGA